GCGUGGAGCAGUUUCAAAUAAAGGCGACGGGUGAACUGGCCGUCAAGUCUUGGGUCUGCGAGGUCAUCGUCCUGCGUUCUGUGUUAAAAAUGUGGCGGGUGAAAAAACUGAACCUUAGCCUGUCGCCUUCCUCGCAACCGGGAAUACCAGCUAUGAGAACUCCUCUCCAAGAACUUAACCUGCAGCCCGGUGCCCUCACCAACUCUGGAAAAGGGCCCCCGAUAAGCUACUCGCUGACCCCAUCACUGUGCAAACUGGGGCUGCAGGAAGACAGCAACAACUCGUCUCCACUGGAUGUUGAAAAUGCUAAGAUGACAGACUCCCCAUCAGAACAGUUCAGCCAUCCAUCAAAGUGGCUAGAAGCUUGUCAACAUGAAUCAGAUGAUCAGCCCCUAAAUCUGAUUCCCCAAACCAACUCUGCUCCCAAAACGUUUGGGGAAGCAGGAGACCCACUGAACAACAAUGUGAUUAAAACUGGGCUCUGUGUACCCUCCCCAGGAGGGCUGCAGCAAGACAUUACACUUGAGGCCCAUUUAGAUACUAUGGCAGCGACAAACAGUUUUCCUCCAGAUGAGCCUCUGAGGCCAGGAGAUCUGCUGAGACAGGGGGUGGCAGUCUGCGUUGAAGACAGCCUUGCAGUUGUUCCCGCUAUACCUGAGAAACCUACGUUUCAGAAUCCUCCGUCCCAUCUCUUGGACUAUCCACCAAAUCCCUGUUCUGAGCAACACCUACACUGCUCCAAGGAAAGCCCGAGAGAUGAUAGGACUGAGGCUGUGCCCGAGGACUUAGUCUCUUCUGAAAGGAAUGCCUUCUCGCAUUCCUCCAUGCUCUGUCUUUCCCCUUCACCUGCCUUAGUAGCAGAGUUCCCUGUCAGUCACGUGGCCCCAGGGGAGGCCACUGUAGAGCACAGAGCUAUAGAGGAAAGAGAAAUGAGCUUCCCCACACUCAUUGAGGAGGCUGAAGUGAGAGAUCAAGCACUUGUCUCAAAUGUGGAAGAUAUUCCAUCCUCUUGCCUGACCCCGAAUCCAGGAGAAAUGGAAUCCCAGGCAGCUCCAGGCCCAGCCGUAGAAGAUGCUGGUAGGAUUCUCAUCUCGGAUACAGGGCCUUGGAUGUCCCCGCUGACCUGGCUGGAAAAAGGUGUAAAUACCUCGGUCAUGCUAGAAAAUCUCCGCCAGAGCUUAUCCCUUCCCUCUGUGCUUCGGGAUGCCACAACUGGCACUACCCCUCUCUCUACUUGCUCAGUGGGGACUUGGCUUACUCCCCCGGCACCACAGGAAAAGAGUUCGAACACAUCCCAGGCAGGCCUCGAGGGCACCAAAGACGGUACUUCUGGAAGGGAGCAUCUCCUAUGGGGCCAUCCUCCAGAUCUGACUGCCUUAUCGCGACAUGACCUGGAAGAUAACCUGAUGAACUCUCUUGUCAUUCUGGAGGUUCUCUCCUGCCAGCUGCGGAACUGGAAGAGCCAGCUCACUACCCCUCACCCAGAAGUUCAAGACAGUAGCACACAGAUUGACUCCUCUCCCAAUGGGAUAAGUAAGAAAGCUCAGUAUCUUCAGGAGAGCCAAGAGAUUGGCCAGGCUCUGCAGCAAGCCAGGAAUGUCAUGCAGUCAUGGGCGCUGGUCUCUAAAGAGCUGAUAUCCUUGCUUCACCUGUCUCUGUUGCACUUAGAAGAAGAUAAAACUACUGUGAGUCAGGAGUCUCGGCGUGCAGAAACCUUGGUCUCCUGCUGUUUUGAUGUGUUGAAGAAAUUGAGAGCAAGGCUCCAGAGCCUCAAAGCAGAAAGGGAAGAGGCAAAGCUCAGAGAGGAAAUGGCCCUCAGAGGCAAGGAUGCGGCAGAGACAGUGCUAGAGGUUUUCUGUGCACACGCCGUCCAGCGCAUCAGCCAGCUGGAACAGGACCUGGGAUCCAUGGGGAAAUUCAGAGGACUCUUGAAGGAGACCCAGACCCAACUGGUAGGUCUUCAUACUGAGCAAGAAGAGUUGGCUCAGCAGACAGCAACUCUUACUUCAGACUUGCAACAGGACUGGACAUCCAUGCAACUGGAUUAUAUAACAUGGACAGCUUUGCUGAGCCGGUCUCGACAACUCAUGGAGAAACUCACAGCUAAAAGUCGGCAGACCUUGCAGGAACGUGAUGCCGCAAUUGAGGAAAAACAGCAGGUUUCCAGGGAGCUGGAACACGUCUCUACCCAGUUAGAGGACUGCAGAAGCCAAAUAGAAAAACUGGAGUUAGAAAACAGUCGCCUAGCAACAGAUCUCCGGGCUCAGCUGCAGAGUCUGGCCAGCAUGCACAGUCAGCUAGAGGAGCUACGGAGUCAGCAUGCCCACUGUACCCAGGACCUGGCCGUGAAGGAUGAGUUGCUCUGCCAGCUUACCCAGAGCAGCGAGGAGCAGGCUACUCAGUGGCAAAAAGAAGAGAUGGCACUAAAACACAUGCAGGCAAAGCUGGAGCAACAACAUGCUGUCCUGACCAAGGAGGUGCAGGACCUGAAGGAGACGCUGGAGUUUGCAGACCAAGAGAAUCAGGUUGCUCACCUGGAGCUGGGCCAGGUUGAGUGUCAGUUGAAAUCCACACUGGAAGUGCUCCGAGAGCGCAGCCUGCAGUGUGAGGAACUCAAGGACACUGUAGAGAACCUGAGGGCUAAACUGGCCAGCACCAUAGCAGAGAACCAGGAGAAAGACCUGGAGAAGACACGUCAGUAUUCCCAAGAGCUAAGGGGGCUGACUGAGCAACUGCAGAGCUUGACCCUCUUCCUACAGACAAAAUUAAAGGAGAAGGCUGAGCCGGAGACCCUCCCACAAAGCACAGCCUGUGCCCAGGAACACCCGGCGCCCACCAGCAGCACGUUCUUGGGAAGCAUCUUGACAGUAAUGGCAGACAAAGAGCCAGAAUCAGCUCCUGUGUCCUUGCUUGGAAGUGACAAGAGUGCUUUCACCCGAGUAGCUUCAGUGGUUUCCCUUCAGCCUACAGGACUUUCUCUUGCAGAGACCCCACGCAUGGAGAAGAGCCUGGCAGAAAUGAAUACUAUGACUCUGGAGCUUCAGAGCCUGUGUUCCCUGCUACAAGAGUCCAAAGAAGAAGCCAUCCAGAUUCUGCAGCGAAAGAUUUGUGAUUUGCAGGCUCGGCUGGAGGCCCAGGAAGAACAGCAUCAGGAAGCCCAGAAGGCAAAGGAAGUGGACAUAGAGAAGCUGAACCAGGCCUUGUGCUUGCGUUACAAGAAUGAAAAGGAGCUCCAGGAAGUGAUACAGCAGCAGAAUGAGAAGAUUCUAGAGCAGAUAGACAAGAGUGGCGAGCUCAUAAGCCUUAGAGAAGAGGUGACCCAGCUUACCCGCUCACUUCGGCGUGCAGAGACAGAGACUAAGGUGCUCCAAGAGACCCUGGCAAGUCAGCUGGACCCCAACUGUCAGCCCAUGGCCACUAACUGGAUCCAGGAGAAAGUGUGGCUCUCCCAAGAGGUGGACAAACUGAGAGUGAUGUUCCUGGAGAUGAAAAACGAGAAGGCAAACCUCACAGUCAAGUUCCAGAGCCAUAGAAACAUCCUGGAGGAGAAUCUUCGGCGUUCUGACAAGGAGUUAAAGAAACUAGAUGACAUUGUUCAACAUAUUUAUGAGACUCUGCUGUCCAUCCCAGAGGUUGUGAGGGGUUGCAAGGAGCUACAGGGGUUGCUGGACUAUCUGAGCUAGGAAACUAAAAGCUGGAAUCUGUUUCAACCCUUUUUACCUGCAAUACUCCCUUACCCCAACACCAGGACCAACUGGCAUACAGCCAAAUAGGAUUCAUUCUAUUUAAAUAAAGUAUAUUUAAUGUAUUUCUUCAAGCGCAAUGAAUCUUGUUUCUUGGGUGAGAGGUGGGUGGAUCAGGUCAGGGGCGAGGCAGCUUGGCCCUCCUGCCUGGGCACCCUGUACUUAUCCCUCCCAAUACAUCCAGGGCCAAGGGUCACUGCCCCUCCUCCCUUCUCUGGCUUCCCCAAAUAUGCUGGGCACUGGACUGCUUGUUCCCUGGCUCACGGCCUGGCAGGGGAGGGGGAACAGACAAGGCUUCAUUCUCUUACUUUCUCCAUCCCCCUCCGGGGUAGGCCCUGGUGAAUAAGGGGGGAGGACAGAGAAACUCAGUUCCUUAAUUCCUCUGGACCCUCACACUUUGUUGAUGCCUCUGCCCCACCUACCCCACCUGUUGUUACUGUGACUGUUAAGAU